AAAAAAAAAACAAGUCAAAAUUUCUCCACAUGGCUGCAAAUUAUAAAUUUUUUAUAUAAAAAAGAUGAAGUUUCUCAAGACAUUUUCUGACUCACUGCCUAAGAGGUGGCUGUUGCUGAGCUGUACCAGGAGCUAUGGUUACGUUCACGUGGAAAAGAAGAAGCCUCCACACAUUCUAGGGCCUGGAUGGCUAUGGAGAAAGUGCAAUGUGGUACACCCCCAUACCAAAGCUGUCGAUCCAUUUACGAAAUAUCAGUGGCUAACAAAAUCUGUUUCAAUUCAAGGACUUCCCGAUAAAAUCCAAAAUAUCCAAGUACCAAAUGAGUCAAUUACUGAUGAUGUCAUCAAACGAGCUGAAGAGUACCUCGUUUUUCAGGACCACAAUCGACCAAACUACCGAAUUCCAGAACUGAAAAUAUCUGGUCUUAUUCAGUCCACCCUUGCAAGUGUUUGGCCUCUAGCAAAUGAGUACGCACACCUGAGGGAGUCGCAUUUGACCUUUGAACCCACCGUUGAGUGCUAUUGGAGACGAGAUGGGCACAAUUUCAUUUGCCAAAACACACCACUUCACAUACUACACACUGCACACGGUCUUGACUUGUUUUGCGAACCAGACGCUCAAUUGGGAGCUAUACCACCAAUUAAAUUCCUUCCGUCAAGCCUCGGAGUCUUUAAGAGAAGUUUCGAUCAGAUCACACCGUUUGGGGGUUGCCGUAGACACGGACCAUUUCCAAUGGCUCAUACCCUGUUCACGACGUACAGAAGCUGUGUCAAUAAUGAACAAUUAUUAGCCCAUGGGCUUAUACAACUGUUUGCGCAAGCUGCCGGUGAAGGGGUUCACAAAGGGUUCAAAUUGGACCAACCUGUACCAUUCCCUCUCGUCAACCAAGGCAUAGUUACGGAUGGUCAAUAUUUCACUUUUGUAGCGUUUCAACUCAACACUCUGGAUUUUCGUCAAGACUCGAGCGAUACAAGACACAACGUAUUCUGGGCAGGGCCUACGAUGCGUCUCUAUGACAACGUGAUCCCCGGAGAUAAACUGGAGGGAGUGAACAAAAGCUGUGCGAGUUUAAUAGUGAGAUUCUUGUUGAACAGGCCUGAAGAGAUGAGGAAGAUAAGGAACUGGGCUGAACCAUAUGAUAAAGCAAAACCGUGGAACCGACCAAUGGACCGAAUACCUGGCAACUGAAUAGAUUGAUCAUGUAUGGUCUCUUUUUGUAAUAGAAUUGUUAUUUCAUGGAUUUGAACACAAUGA